CGGGUAACGAGCCGUCGCUGCCCAGGUCGCGUCUGGUGGCUUCGUUCGGGAUGGUGCGUGUCCGGCCGCGCUCCGUGUGCACCGGGGCAGCGAGCCGCCCGCGCCGGGUGCCUGGCACGGCGUGCAGCGGGGAGCGCCCGUGAGCCAGGGUGAGUGCUGGCAAGGCGGCGGCUGAAGGAGCGGGCCGGUCCUUUGCCUGCAGCCGAGCGCCUGGUUGUAGAAGAAAGGUUGCAUCCUUAAAACGCUGCAAAAUUCAAGAGGCAGAGGAGAUUUUUUUUUUUCCUUUCUAAUUCUUUCACCACCUCCUCCACACCACGGGGUGUGAAGUAUGAAAUCUUAAAAGGUUUUAUGUAUUUCAGAACCACCAUGCUGAGUGGGAAUUGCUGCAGCUGACACUCAUGAUUAGACACAGGAGUUCCAAGAUGCCGCUUCAGACAUAUCAAAACUGAUAGCAAGGACUGAAGAACCACCUUUAAGAUCGGAGAAUUGACCUGAAAUACUGACCAUGUCUAUUAUGGAUCACAGCCCCACCACUGGAGUGGUGACUGUAAUAGUCAUUCUGAUUGCUAUUGCUGCUCUUGGUGCCUUGAUACUGGGCUGCUGGUGUUACCUGCGUCUGCAAAGGAUCAGCCAGUCUGAAGAUGAAGAGAGCAUUGUGGGAGAAGGAGAAACCAAAGAGCCUUUCCUUUUGGUGCAGUAUUCUGCUAAAGGACCUUGUGUCGAGAGAAAAGCAAAGCUGACUCCUAAUGGCACUGAAAUUCAUAGCUAACUUUGAGCAGCACAGAUGUGUAUCUGGACUACACUUAAGAUGUCGGUAAUCAGCAGAACUGAUACUGUAAAGAAAUUGGACGUACAUACUGCUCUCAAAACACCUUGAGAUAAGACUUCAAAGUUAUGGUUUUGUUGGUUUGCCACUGCAUGCACUGAGAAACUAUACUAUCCAUCAAUCCUGUAUUUUAACUCCUUAGUGCUAAGAGGUGACUUCUCUGGUAUAAAGUCCAUUGCUGGCAAUGGACAUGCAGGGAUAUGCUGGCAUGAAAAGACUAAUAGCAUUUCUGUUACUUGAAUGUUUAGCUGAGCCUAUUUUGAUGGAACUACUACUGUAAUGUGAACUACUUAAAACUGUGAACUGUAAAUAGGCUGCCAAGAGUUCUGGCUUUUUGUUAUCCAGCAUAUGGAAGUGGUAUGAAGUUAUUCUUAGUAACACACAUUUGGACAUCUGAGCCACAUGAUUACAGAUCGGAUGCCAGACCUUCAAAACCAAAUCUGCAGUUAAAGCCUGUUUCUGCUACGAAGUUCUGAGUGCAUAACCAUAAAGACAGAAUGGUUUCUUUUUAUUUUGUUUUUUAAACCUCUUAUGGGACUGAUUCAGAACACUCUCCCUGAAUGCAAGUGUGUAUAUAUAUAUAAUCUCAUUAAGGUAAUUGAGGCAGAAAGGAUGGGGUUAUAAGGAAGGAACUGUACCUCUCUUCCUUUAGGGUAGAUUAAGCUGUUAGCAGCUAAUACUGUGAUUGUUCUAGCCAUGUAGCUACUGCAAGGAAACUGCCAUUUUAGCAGAUUCCAAUCUGGGAACUAAUGAUGGCUACUUCAUGCAUGAUCCAGAAGGUUUCCAGUGGAGUUAAAAAUAGCAGUAGAGCAGAUUUUCCCUCCUGUUAGCAAGCAUGUUAAAUACAGAAGUGGUGUUUUCACUAGAACUGGCAUUAAUGUAACUAUUCCUCUUUUUUUCCCCCAUAACCACUGUUUAUAUGUGUACCUAGUAGUUGGGACAUAUGUAAACAUGAAGCUAAACAGCCAACUGUGCAAACUUUUUAGUCUAGAUACCAAAUUGUCUACAGUUAAUGUAUUUUGUAGAUAAGGUUUUUUUGGAUUCUUAACUUACAGGGCAGGCUGAAAUCUGUCUUGAACAGCUAACUAAAUUUUGGGUGUGUUGGAAGGGAAAAGCUUGUUUGGGGGUAGGGUUUUUUAAAAAAUUUUUUUGGUGCAAUCUGAAGUACCUUCACCCAAGGGCCCCUCAUUUCCUAACCUUUCCCUUCUCUCUACUACAGCGAAACCUGUAACAGGUACUGGGAGUGAAAAAUUAUAGGCUGUAAACAGUACCAUAGGUUCUGAACAGUCAUUCAACCAUGGCUAAAAUGUUCUAGAUUUCCUAACUUUUAGGCCUGCAUAUUCCACUAACUACUCAGCUUUUACCAGUUCAUAUGUAGCUAAGGAAUUCCUUUAAGUUAAACUCCCUAGCAAAGUGUGUGUGUGUGUGUGUGUGUGUGUGUACACAAGCAGUAGAUGAUGCAAAAGGUCAACCACCACCAUCUGUGUGUGGGGGAACAGUUAUUUUGCUAAACACUGGUGUGAAUGAUGGCUUAUACAUCGUGAAUAACACCACUAUUUAUUCUUGGGUAGCUAGGCCUUAAUGACUUUGUCUGCAAGCAAAUUAUAGUCCACUUAAGAACUAAAUUGCUAGCUCCCUCCAGGACAAGCUGCUCAGUUGCAUUCUUAUUCCUGUGUGCACUGAUUAAACUGAGGCUAGAAAAUGAAGUCUUUCACCGCAAAGCAAAUCCAUUGCUACUAAUGGACAAGCACUUCCUUCCUCUAAGUGCAGUGUGGAAUACAACCCCCUAGGGAGGGGGCAAAUGCUGUACUGUAUAUUUACUGGCUCCAAAGAUACCAAUUUUAAUUUUUCAGCCCAGGGUUUGAGGCACUGGCCUAUACAUGCACACUGGAUUCUUAACUGCAUAUACGCUGGGCAAUCAAAUAGAUUUUGCUUGUUUGGGAUGCCAAACUUUAUUCUCCUUCCCCCACUUGUGGGGUUUUUUGGGGGAAGGGUCCGCGGAGGGAACACUAGCGGGAUGCAUAAGGAGGUUGGAUGAGAUUAUUCUGCCUUUUGUUCCCCAUAAUGAAACAUCUAUGAAAAUCUGUUUGCUAACUUACGAUUCAAAGACAAUUAGAGGUUAAUUUUUAGCAUGUAAAAGUGGUAUAGAGUUGCUGAAAUCCUACAACAGGAAUGACAGAAUAUUUUAACCAUUUGACUUUUCAAGUUUACUAAAUAAACAAAUUCAUCAUUUCCAGUCAAUUCUGUAAAAGGAAAAAUGCAGUGAAGAUGGCUAACUUCAGCUGUUUCUUAGAAAAAUAUAAAUUGUCAAAGUUCCUAAAUGAAUGCUUCCUCUAGGAGACAUGGGAGGAAGCCAGUGCAAAAAUUGGUCCUUUGGUAGGAGAUGCUUCACUCUGCUGUCCCUGGGAAUUUACUAUUUUUAACCUAGCUUAAAUUAAUAAAAUGGCUAUCAAAGUGGAAAGUGUUUUCCAUAUCUCCAUUUAGGUUUCAAGAUCUGGUAAAUUGUUUGAAGUAUUACAGAAAUUCUGGUUUGAUUUUUCUAGACAAUUGGAAAAUAUUAUUUACAACAAAUAAAAUUUGCAUAAAUACCUUCCCAA